AUGAAUUCCUUGGAGGAUGCUGGGUUUGAGUUGGUUGGGCAAGAUCAAAACGAGGCAAAUUCAUUGCAUCUUGAUUUAUCUCCACUUGGAAUUCCAGGAGGACCAAGGUAAGUCUCUCAGAUUUUAUUUUGAAAAUUUUGAACAAGAAAAUUAUUUUAAGCCCAAUAAUUUUCAGCUUCGAAGCUCUUGUUCCUGAUAAUGUUGAAGUCAAAUCUGAAAACUCAAGUUCAGUAUCGAACUUGGAAAAUUUGAGAUUAGAAGAAACUGAGAAAGUUUUGAAGAAUUCUAUAGUUUAUGUCGAAGAACUCAAAAAACGAAUUGAAAUUCAGAAUUUGAGAAUUGAGGAGAUGAAAAUGGAGAUAGAGGAAGUUGAAAAAUCAAAAGCUGAAGAAAUUCGGAAACUUUUGGAAGAUCAGAGAAAGGAGUUUGAGAAACGGAGGGAAGAUUUCGAAGCUGCAAAACUGAGAGAAAUUCAAAAGUUAUUGGAAGAUCAGAAAAAAAUGUUGGGGAACUCGCAAAAUCAAAGAGAAGACUUUGAGAAACAAAUGCAAGAACUUGAAAGAUCAAAAUCAGAAGAAAUCCAGAAGUUAUUGCAAAAUCAAAAAGAGGAUUUGGAAAAACAAAUGGAAGGAUUUGAAGUUUCGAAAAAAAUUAUUAAGUUGGAACUGGAAAAACAAUUGGAAGAUCAGAAAGAAGAUUAUGAGAAACGAUUACAUAAAUUUGCAAUUUUGAAAGCUGAUGAAAUGCGGAGAGUUUUGGAAGAUAAGAAAAAGGAAUUAGAAAAAGCGCAGAAAUUGUUGAAAAAUCAAAACGAAGCCUUUGAGAAACAGAUUCAAGAGUUUGAAGUUUCUAAAAAUUUGGAAAAGAUGAACAUUGAAAAACAAAUUCAAAAUUUGGAAAAGUUACUGGAAAAUGAGCGAGAAAGUUUUGAGAAACAAAUGCAAGAAUUUGAAAUUUUAAAAAAUGAAGAAACCCAGGAAUUAUUAGAAGAUCAGCGUAAACAAUUUGAAAUUUCGAAAACCUCGCAGAACGUCCACGUGGAAAAACUAUUAAAAUCCUCUCAAGACGCCAAAUCCGAAUUCAAUGCAAAGUUGAGAGAAUCUGAAGAAAUUGUCCAAAAUCUUAAAUCUCAAUUGGAUGCCACAAAUCGAUGUGCUCAAAUUUGGAAACGAAAUUCGGAUAAAUAUGAUGAAUUGAGCCAGGAAAAUGUGAUUUUGAGGUGGGUUUUCAAGUUUCUACAGUACCUGUUCGCUAGGAUACAGUACCCCUUGCAGUCUUAGAGCUACAGUAAUCCUUGCAGUUCGAAACAUUUUUUUCAGAGAAAAACUGGAUUAUGAAAUCGCAAAAAGCAUCAAUUUGACCAAUUCAGUCUCGAAAUUGCAAAAUAAGGUUUUUUCAUUUUUUUCUUAACUUUUGCUGCUUUUGUUUUGCAAAAUGUCCAAUUUUUUCAGCUGGAAAAUCUGAGAUUGGAGUCCAGGAAUCAGCAACAAAUUCUACACGUUUUGCAUGAGGUUUGAAUAAAUUUUUAGAGAUCUUUAGAAACUAGCCCCAAUUUUUUGCAGGAUCAAAAAGAAGGAACUCGCCAAAUCGCAGAAAUCCAGCAAAAUGUUCAUGAAAUUGUUGAUAAUUUGAAUUUUGUCUGA